UGCGGGAACAGGCACGGCCCUCGGUGACUGGCGUGAGCUCCUGUGUGGGAUUGGGAGUUGUUCGUCGCGUUUGUCUCGCACGCUGCUCGAGUGUCUGGGUUCGGUUGGGACUCAAAGGGAGCACUGAUCGGCCUUUAACGGGUAAAUCACCAAACAACACAAUUGCUGGGUGCUAAAUAAUCACCCUCCUCAUCAGUGGCAAAGCCUCAUACUUCAGGGUCGAAAUAUAUCAGAAGCGGAUAUUUCUAUAGCAACAGACAAUUAUCAUACAAGAAAAUAUCUCCGUUUUUCGUAAAGUGAAAAAAGAGAGAGAAAAGAAACUGGACGAAAGUCAUAUCAAGCAGAAAAAAAAAAUUAUGCAAGAUGAUCAACCGAUUCAACUUCGUCCCAACUGCGAUGACGAUGGCGACGCUGCUGCCGCUGCUGCGCCUCCUCCUGUCGGGCAUCCUGCAGGAGACGCAGCAGGCGAGGCGGGACUUCGAGCCACCGAGGCAUCUCGCCAGAUAUUAUGACUUCAUUGUGGUGGGUUCGGGCUCCGGCGGCAGCGUCACAGCCUCGCGUCUCUCGGAGGUGCCGGAGUGGAAAGUGCUGGUGCUGGAGGCCGGGGGGCUCCCGCCGCAGGAGAGCUACGUGCCGGGGCUGGUCGGCCUCGGCUACUUCCGCGGGAACAACAACUGGGAUUACGUCACGGAGCCCCAGCGACACGGCCUCAGGAACUUCGUCGAGAGGCGCGGCACGAUCCCGCACGCGCGUGUGCUGGGGGGCUCCACCACCACCAACGGCAUGCUGUACGUCCGGGGGAACCGCCUGGACUUCGACCACUGGGCCAACUUUGGCAACCCUGGCUGGGACUACGACUCGGUUCUCUACUACUUCAAAAAGGCCGAGGACUACCGAGGCAUUCCCACCAACGAGACAGAACAAUACCACGGUCGUGGUGGUCCCUUAGUCGUUACCCCUGAACCCAAAACGGGGAAACUUGCACAAGCUUUCCUCUACGCCGGAAUGGAACUUGGGUUUUCUGUCGUCGAUCCAAACGGCCGGGAGCAGAUAGGAUUCGCUAAGCCGGAAUAUACCAUCUGCGGCGGCCUUCGGUGUUCCGUCGCCCAGGCCUACCUCCGCCCCGCCCUGCGUCGUAACCCGAAUCUACACGUUCUCUACGACGCCUUCGUCUACAGGGUCCUAUUCAACAAGCAUAAUAGAGCAAUUGGUGUGCAGUACAAUUACAGAGGAAGAAUACACACAGCUUAUGCCAAAAAGGAAGUUAUAAUCUCAGCUGGUGCCUUGGCGUCCCCCAAACUCUUAAUGCUGUCAGGGGUCGGUCCUUCGCCGCAUCUGAAACACCACAAGCUGAAGGUGGUGGCUGACGUACCGGGUGUGGGUCAGAACCUCCAAGAUCACCUUGGCGUCUACGGCCUCACCUGGACCAUUCAGCCCAACAGCGUCGACACCUUCAACAACGUCGUGACUCUGGAUUCCGUGCAGAGAUAUGUGCAUUAUAGAAAAGGACCAUACUCGGCACCUAUCGGGGAUUACGGAAGCGCGUGGGCCAAGGUCACGAAGGAUGGCUAUCCGUCUUUGCCGGAUGUGCAGCUCUAUCUCUCGCCCGCAGCUUUUAAUAUGGACAUGGGUCUUUUCUUGCCGCAUAUAUAUGGAUUUGAUAGGAAUAAAUACAGUGAGUACGCACGUCCUCUCUUCGGCCGCGACGGAUUCACAAUGAACUUGUACCUCUUGAGACCCAAAAGUCGUGGCGCAGUUUCACUCAGGUCGAAAAGGCCUCGAGACCUGCCUGUUAUUGAUCCCAAUUACAUGAGCCAUCCGUAUGACGUGGAAACUAUGAUCGAAGGAAUCCGAUUUGCAAUAAAAGUGGGCAAUUGCACUUCCCUCACAAAACGUUUCAAGGCCAAGUUUCACGACAUGAUUGUUCCUGGCUGCGAGGGGAUAGUCUUCGACACCGAUAGAUACUGGGCCUGUUAUAUCAAGCACAUGGCCUCCUCCUUCUGGCAUCCUGCAGGCACUUGCAAGAUGGGGCCUGACACUGAUCCUCUUGCAGUGGUGGACAGUAGACUAAGGGUAAGAGGUGUGAGAGGUCUUCGUGUCAUAGAUGCUUCCAUAAUGCCAGUAGUGGUAUCUGGGAACCCCAAUGCCCCGGUGAUCAUGAUAGCUGAAAAAGGAGCCGACAUGAUCAAAGAAGAUUGGGGUAUUCAUGACCACAUGUAGUUCCUGUUAGAGGCUCAGAUGCUCUUGUAAUUCCGUGUCAUAAAUCCUCCCUUGAGAUGAUCCUGUAAAUUUGUGCUAUGAAUGUUCCCAUGAGAUUUUAAUUUAAGUACAUGUGAAUGAAUGGUUGUUAUAUGUUAAUAAAUGUUAUAACUGCA